CCCCUUUUCUUUCAUUUUCGCUUUAAUGCAUGACUUGCGAGCUGCUCGCAGCUUCCCACGCCGCUUUGGAACUCGCCUCCCGGGUUUUGGGGUUCGGCCGGGCGGUGUUACAAUCCCCGGACCUUGACUCGGAGAAGUCAACAUCAUGGCUACUUUGGAAAUUUCCCCAGAGUGUGAAGCGAAGGUGAACUCCUUCAAGAAGCAGCUCUGUGCCCAGGCUGAAGAACUUGUCGCCAGGCGUUUCCCAGAAAAGAUUGCAGAGCUCAAUAAUUUUCUGAAGGCCCCUGAGCUGAAUGUUUUGGACCUAAUUUCGCUCCGCGUCGAGUUAGACAUCCCUGUGCCUGAUCCCAAGAAAGAUGAGGAGCGUCGCAAACAACGGGAAAAAGAAGAGGAUUCGAAAAAAGAAGAAAAGGAGAAAAAAAAAUCGGAGGAUGAGGAUAAAGCCCCGCCUUGUGGUCCCGUCUGCCACAAUGACAAGAUCACCGCCCUGCUGGACCGCGUGAAACCGGAGAUCCAAGGCAUGAAGGAGAACCUGAACGUGAUCUCUCUGUGGCUGCAACUCCUGGUGCCACGAAUUGAGGACGGCAAUAACUUUGGGGUUGCGGUCCAGGAGAAAGUGUACGAGUUGCUGACCUCUGCUCGGGUGAAACUGGAAGCAUUUCAAACUCACAUCUCCAAGUAUUACUCUGAACGGGGCGACGCAGUGUCAAAAGCUGCCAAGAAUCCACACGUGGGCGACUACCGGCAACUUGUGCACGAAAUUGACGAGGCGGAGUAUGCUGAAAUCCGAUACAUGAUCAGUGAACUUAGGAACAUUUAUGCUGUAGUCUAUGACAUCACCCUGAAAAACUUUGAGAAGAUUAAGAAGCCCCGAGAUGAAAACAAAGGAAUGAUCUACUAAGCAGCUAAUCAGGGAUCAAGCUGGAAAACAAAAAUACUUCCCCCCAAGAACCAUCUUGGUUUUUUAUUGAUUUUAUGUAAACUGCUUUAAGUAAUAAAUCUAUAAGAACUAGAACUUCCUGCUAAUCGAUUCCAUUCCCUUUUGAAAUAAAGAAAAUUUUACAUUUGAGAA